GUCAAGAAAGUAAUGUACUAUUUGGCAAUCAACAAUCGUUAUCAACCAUUGGAAACAUUAGUAGAAAAGGUGGAUAGUGAUGGCGAUGAAAAGGAAAUGCUUACUUUGAAGAAAUACUCAAUUACCAGUAAACAUCUCGACGAUCAAACCUUCUCCAAACGCCAUCGCAAGGGAAUGGAAUUCAGAAAGAGACGAGAUCAUCGCAAAUCCCAAACUCAAGGUGUGCUUUCCGUCAAGCAAGUAGAAGAAAAGUUGGCUGGAUCAAUUGAUGUCCGUUUAUAUGAAGUUUACAAAAAAUCAUGACAAAUCACAAGUUGAUCAAGGAAAGUGCACCUAUUCUUCAGGAUUUUUACUGUGAUCAAAAAUGCAAUCAGCGGUGGAAACGAACAGCAGUGAUAUACAGCGAAAAGGGAACACAUGUAGUCAUCAAGCAUCACCAACGACAAGUAAAAGAAGAACCUGGACAAAAACUACAUUACUUUUAUGGAAAGGCGGGUCGUGGUAGAAACUCACGUAUCGGUGGAUUUUUAAGAAGAGGUCAUGGACCCUUAUUACAAGCUCUUGGUCAACAUUCUUCUAUCUUCCAUACAGAUGAAUUUAGAACGACAAAACUUUGCUGCCGUUGUCAUGAGCCUAUCUAUCAUCCGAAGAAAGCUAAUGGAAAAUUAAAUCUGGGAACUGUUAUUUGUCAAAACCCUGAUUGCAAAGGACGUCAAGCUGGAAUGAUUGCUGAAUCACGAGACACAAAUGCAAGUAUGAAUAUGAUCAUCACUGGAUUAUGGCAACAAGUUACUGGCAAACUUCCUCCAUCCUUCCGGCGGUCAAUCUCAUCAACAGAAAACGAUAACAACAAUAUUGAUAAGAUAUUCCAAACUUUGAUCUCUUCUCAUCCUGGACUGGUUGAAGACGGAUACAUCAUGCCUCUGUGCUGAAGGCAAAACUUAAAUUGUACCCUAAAAUUCAAGUUUUGCCUCCCUCCCCUUCUUAAUCAUGUAACCAUGAUCGAUUUAUUAUGCUCUUAAUAAAAACUAUUACAAGUAGCCUUUCAUUUUAUGAAAUAUGAACCCUAUAUACUAUUUUAUGACAUAUAAUGAUUGGAUGAUUGAUUUGAUUUAAUAGAAUCAAGGCUUUUAUCAAUACCUUAAUGAGGAAUAUUGGUAUCAAUCAAUACUAG